AUGUUAUCAUCCGAAAUUACACCGUUGCUGCCGCCACCUCAACCCCCAGUCAAAGAGUCAAGUUAUUGGAAACAAUGGAAGGUGGUAUACUUGUAUUCAUUCUUCAUUUUGGUUAGCAAUUUGGGCGGUGGAAUGCGACUCGCCCCCGAACUAGGACUUAUCGAGCUGGCCGUCUGCCGCAAAUACUAUUUGAGCCACGACCCGCAGAACCUGGAUGAUCAUGGCAAUGUUCCAGAGGCACUGUGCAAAGUUGAUGUCGUGCAAUCCCAAUUAGCCAUGCUCAGGGCCUAUAUGAGCAUUCUCAAUAGCAUUGUUGGCAUUCUCGUCGCUCUGCCUUAUGGUGUUCUAGCUGAUAUCAAAGGUCGGCGGCCGGUCGCGGCCUUGAGUUCAAUUAGCAUCACACUUUCCAAAUCGUGGAUAAUAUUUGCGGGCUUCUUCUACAAUACUUUUGAGCCAGAAGCACUCAUGGCUUCUUCCCUGUUUCUAUUGCUUGGGGGCGGAACUACCGUGCUCAAUGCUGUGAUAAUGGCAGCCUUAUCCGAUUGCGUGUCGGCUGAUAAACGAGCUGCAGUUUUCUUCUAUACCAGCACCAUGUGUUUAGUCUCUGAGCUGAUAGCCAUUCCUUUAGGCGCAUUAAUAAUGACAAAGACAUCUGUACAUGCGGCCAUGAUUACCGCGACUGCACUCGAAUUUUGUGGACUAUUUAUUCUCGCAGUUACUCCCGAAACUUUGAAUCGUACGACAGGUACUGAGAGGCAGCCCACGGAGAAUUCCAUCUGCAGUGUCCAGCCAGCAGCCAGUCCUGACGAGCCCAUUUCUGUACGCACUACACAAAUGACCAGCCGAUGGACAAAAGAUCAAUUUGAUCGUAUUCGAGAUCGCCUUCUGCAACCAGCACGACUUUUGUGGGCUGACAAGACUAUCUUCCUUGGCCUGCCUGUCUUUUUGACCACCCCAUUGCUCCGCCAGGUUGUGUCGUUGCUCUUGCAAUAUGCCUCCAAAAAGCUGAAUUGGACCAUCGCCGCUGAAACGAGCUUACUUGAUUCCUACGGCGCCCCAAUACUCCGCCAGCCGGUCUUCCAUGACAGGAACCUCGACGCAGCUGCAGAAUUCAAUCGUGAAACAGACCUCGAUGCCGUGGACGCACUCGCCUCACCACGAAUUGACGGCAUCUCAACCAAUCUCUCAGCAUUCCACGAACGCGCCGGGAGAUUUGACACGGCGUAG